UGUGUAUUGGGAUGGUAUGGUGUGAGAUUAACACUGUGUCUGACCCCGGGAGUGUGUAUUGGGACUGUGCAGAGGGAGCUUCACUCUGUGACUGACUCUCAAUCUUCUGUCCCCAGCUGAAUCUGAUGUAUCAUACGCGGAAGUUAAUUUCAAGACCCUCCCGGCGUCCCAGCUUCGAACAGAUCGAGACGGUCAGAACACCACCUACUCAGAGCUGAACGUUCGGAAAAAUAAACCCCGCAUCGAUGCGGACGAAGAUCCUCACAUGUGUUCGGGAGCCGGCGGGCUGUCAACCACUGCAGAAACAGCUGCGCAAGAACGGGAGUCGAAAGUGAAAAUCAGAAAUAGGCCGUACCGUCUGAUCUGCCUACUCUGCCUAGUUACGUCCGCCUUCAUCGUGACUGUGGCCGGUCUCUCGAUCUAUGUAUCACAGAUUCGUCAGACGAACGAAACUUGUCACCGGAACUCUAAUCUGCCCGAUCUUACAGGAAUGCACAGCGAUCUCCGUCACCAGUUCACUGAGAUGGAAACGAAGUACAGAUCUGUCAACGAAACCAAGGCUCAAAUCUGUGAAUUGUUGACCAGCAGAAGAGAGCAAACGUGUUCCAAGGACUGGGUCACAAAUAAAGGCCGGUGUUAUUACGUCUCCACGUUUGAAACAUCUUUCCGCCAAGCGAGUCAAGAAUGUUCAAACCGUGAUUCAAGGCUGCUGGAAGUCAAUACAAGGGAUGAAGCGAGCUUUGUAUCGCGUAAAGUUUUGUAUCUAAAGUAUGCAUACUGGAUCGGAAAAUGCGAAGUCGGGAAUGUGAGCUUGGGCCUCCUGCACAAUAUGUCCCCGGGGCAAUCCGUCUGCAUAGACUGCGAGUCGUACGUAGGAGACCGCCCUUGCGAUCGUGAUCACCGUUUCAUUUGCGAGAAGUCGGCACCUUUGUUCCCGGAUAUUCCUGAAAAGAUCCAGGGUCUCUGCCAACAGCCAGUGGACUCGACAUGAAUCAACAGGGCGGCCUCACCGAUGUCUUGUACCACGGCACCAUUACCUCCCGACUCCUGUACUCAGUGUGACUGGUGAAGACAGCCAAGUGUCCUGUCCACCCCAUCGGAUGUUUUCCACCGGAAUCGCUAUUUCAGUUAUUAUCUGUAACUUAUAAGUCCCGAAAUUUGUUCUUUUGAAGCAUCAGUAAGGCGCAAAGAUGUACAAUUAAUGUAAAUUACAAAUAUUA